GUAGCUUGUCGACAGACCCCUGGGCUACCAUUUAGUCUAGGGUCGUGUGCCUCAACCCUCUACUUGUCUACUGCCUCACUGGACCUCCACCUUCAUCUCUGCUCCCUGGCCACCGCCGACGACCAGUGAAGUGUGGGAAUGAUUGUGUGACACUUAAUGACACAUUUUGAGUGAGGAAGGAGGCGAGAGCGUUAAGAAGACGGAAGGGGGUGCGAGUGGGAGGACCUGUCCAGGGAACGGCGGCUGACCGGAGUAGGAGGGAUCGCCGCUUGCGGGGGACUGCUGACUGCCCACGUGUUUGUGCUUGGCUACUGUCAGCGACCUUAAAGAAAACGGGAGAUGACUGAGUGUCCAAGUUGGGAAGAGAGAGAAAAACUGGCUCUAAAGAACUAGGAAAACAAUGUUGUAUGGACAAUAUUAAAGAUUCAAGAGGAACUCCCAUGGUACUUGACCCUUUCGAGACCCCGUGUGACCUCGACUGAAUCUAACCCCAGUGCCCGCUGAAACCUCGUAUUCAACCUAGUCCGCGACUCCAGCCAAGAUGUUCAACCUCUCCGAACUCGGGUCGUUAGAGACGUCGGCGAUGGCCUCGCCCGCGACCUCCCUGACCUCCACGACCGCCUCCAGCACGACCACGACCACCUCCAAGUCGGACGACCACGUGAAGCGGCCCAUGAACGCCUUCAUGGUGUGGUCCAGGAUCCAGAGAAGGAAGAUCGCGCUCGAGAAUCCCAAGAUGCACAACUCGGAGAUCUCGAAGCGCCUCGGGUCGGAGUGGAAGCUGCUGACCGACUCCGAGAAGAGGCCGUUCAUCGACGAGGCCAAGAGAUUGAGAGCCCAGCACAUGAGGGACUAUCCGGACUACAAGUACCGGCCAAGGAGGAAGCCGAAGACCCUGAAGAAGGACGGGUACCCCUACAGCUUCCCUUACCUGCCCACCGCCCUCGACCCGCUCAGCGCCAUGUCACGCGGUAUGUACCAUCCGCACUUCCCGCCCGCUCUCACCCACAUGACAGCUGCCAUGGGUGGGAUGGGUGCUAUGGGUGCCACGCUGCCCGCCCACACGCCCUCAGACUACCAGGCCACCCUCGACUCGGAGAAAGUGCGGGCGGCCUUUCUACCCACGUCCUUAGGGAGUCUGGGCGCCUUCCAAUCCCACGCCCUCUAUACCUCCAUGGCGGCGGCCCAACAGAACUCGCACGCCCACACGCCCACCCCUACCUCCCCGGACUCCACGCCCACGCACAACGUCCUCAGCACGCCCCUGGCCGCUCCCGUCGCGAAGCUGCCCCAGCCAACGCCCGAGGACAGACGCUCCAGCCCGCCCGCGACCACAGCGAGUUCUUCACCGUCAUACGUCCCGCCCUCUCCCUUCUCCGCCCUCUACUCCGCGCCCUCAAGUCUCACGCCCACCCACCCUCUGCUCUACCCAGCCCAGUACCCACCCAUCUCCACCCCCGCCCAGGAUCUCCGACGCCCACUGUCCGUCCUCUUCUCGUAGGCCGUUGAGAACCGCCCGCGCUUCGCCUGAGAGAAAGAGAGAGAGAGAGAGAGAGAGAGGUGAAGAAGGAAAGAGCAAGGGAGAAAGUAAGAACGUCUCUUCGUGGGAAAUUUCGAUCGCAAGAGGCAGGAUCCAUCGCCAGCGCCAUUUUGCGUCUCUGGUUUCUCGCCCACACUGUCUUCGCGUUUUGGACGUGUUUCGACGUGUUGGCUGAUCCCCCCCCCCCCCCCCCAACUGUUACUCCUGCUCCUCUUCUUAUACUUAUUAUUCUCCUUUUCCUUAUUAUCCCUUCUUUUUCUUCUUCGUGCAAGUAAAGUGAAGCAGAAAAGACCACCCAGUCCAUGUGCAUUUCGCAAGAGAAGUGGAUGAAAAAGAAAUUCAGAAAACUGUACAUCGCAGUGUCGCUGGCGGUUAAAGAGCAUACUGAAGUCCCCCUGAAGUGACGAACCGGUGAAAUACGGUGUACGAUUCAACAUGCAAGGGCUGAACGGAUGGAAAUCGUGGUCAGAGUAUUAUCAGUGAUGAUAAAUAUAUAUUUAUAUAUGUUAGCUGUGUAUUUAUAAUUUUCAGAGAAAGACCGCGGUGGCAUCUUUUUACUGGAAACGUGAAACGUUGUAUGUACUUAUAAAAUUCCAGGUGUAUAGUAGAGAGAUGUGCUGUAUAUGUCGUGAACAACUCUUUGUAUUACAUAAAGCUCGUCUGCCAUACUUUUUUCCCUUCAUUUUGUGACAGUGGCAGAGUCUACGCGUUGCGGGUAGCUAAUGAGUGUUCAUUUUUUCGGAAUUGUAUAGCGGACCAAAGAUAUUAUUCACCCAAGGCGGCUCGGGUACAUUAAGCAAGGACUGCCCCACAUCCGUCUCCGUUCUGUUCAUACACGCUAGUCCAAACUCUGUGUAAAAUGUCAAGCAGGCAUUGGAAAGAAAAAUAUAUCAGUGUUUGUCUUGAGCAUAAUGUACCCUAUUGCUGUCAGACGUUCAUUGCUUUAAGGUAGAAACUAUUUCAAUGGAACUUUUGUUAAGGUAGGGAGUAUUUCACGGAUUUUUUCUUUUUCUGCGAAAGCUGGAAGGAGAGAGAGAGAGAGAGAAAGGCACCUGACCGUCGAGAAUAGGACAUUAGUAUGUGUUGUUAAUUGUUACUGUACCCUUUGCACUAAUUAGUUUCGCCUUACUUUCAAUUAAUUCAGCUGAUAAGUAAUCCAGUUUUGAGCUGUUAAUUCAGGAAUACAUUAUUACACUUGCGUUUCCUUUUGUUUUAAUGUCGGUCAGUAUACGAUAUUUAUUCUAAUAUGUAAUGAAAUCUUCUAGUAUUACUGUUACAAGACCGUUUCCAUUGCAAAUGGGGGUUUUCGAUAUUUGUACAUAGCUGUACUUAAGAUCAAUAUCGUGUGAAAACAGAUCACAACGGAUGUAAAUUAAUACUGAUAGUAAUAAUUAUAAUAAUGAUAACUAUAAUGAUAAUAACAUUGAAUUUCAAUUCUUACCGCGUUUUGCUAACCCUUUUUAUAUGUUUCAUUCUAUAACGAUAUUCUGACAUUCUGUUACGCCUGCCAAAUUGAUGUAUAUAGAUACUGUGCCAUGUUAUUCACAAAGUGGCGAUUGUAGGCCAAGCAGUGUAAAUAUUCACAUGAGUAAAGAAUAAUAAUAAGUACUUUAUAACAUUAACAGAACCCUUAUACUAACUUAUCCGAACCGAUUUCACUUCACCUUUUAUGAUCCGAGUCUCUUCCCUUGAUUAGCUUUUGUCAACACCUUUUAUCAGUCUAGUCGCGCGAUUAUAGUGAGCUUGUGAUUUUUGGAAGUUGAAGUAAGGUUAAUGGAGAAUCAUUGCAGAGUUAACAUUGGAACUUUUUGUAAAUUUAUUUCAACUCUGUCUUUUUCUCUUUUCUUUUCGUUCUUUUUUUCUUCUUUUUACGUGUCAUCUUUAUAUGCGUAAAGGCACAACGCUAUUAAAAUUUCUUUACUUUUUUAUCCUUUUCCUAAAAAUUAUUACAGAUUAUGAAAAGAUAUCACCUCAAUUCGGUUAUAAAAUACUAUCUAGGUGAAUAAGAAUUUGUCAAUAUAUUUGUCAUAUGACUGCAAUUUAUGUAGUUUUAUUAAUGGAAACCAAACUUAGAUCCGGUGAAAAUGUACAGCGUGAAGAAUAAAAACAAGAAUAACACUUUCUUAUAUAUACAUUUCAAUGCUUAUGGUUACAUGACCUAAUGUUUGAAUGUGCAACAAUAGUGUUAUCUACCAUUUAUGUAUUUUUUUUCUAUAGCUCUUUUUCACAAUGAAUGUAAUGAUUUUUUUUCCUUAGCAUCUUGUGUCUCUUGGUCGCUUUGAGUAUGUGUAUAUUAAAGUAUACCGGAUGUGAAUAUAAACCGUGGCAUUAUAUAGUUCAAUGAAUCUAUUGGUGUGGUGAGUGUAAACAAUAAAGAAUAAAAAAAAAA